AUGGGCCAAGAAUAUAGUUGGGCUGACCAUUGGAAAGUUUUUGAAUGGUUCAAAACUUCAAGUAGUUUGCAUCAUUUGAUUCUUUUAGUUCUUAUUGAACUAAAAGAUAGUUCAGAGCAAUCUCGUUAUAUCUUAGAAGAGAGUUUAAAAGAUCUAGAAUGUGAGACAAAAGAAAUAUUUGAUAACGUACAAAAAAGUCCUAGUGAAUAUUUAAAAAUAAUUGGAGAAUGUCGUAGCUGUAUAUUAACACCAAAUAAUGAAGGUUUAAGACAAUCGCUUGUAAAUGAAAUCCUGCGUCAAGAAAAGCUUCCUAAUGGUUGGUUGCCUUAUUUAAUACAAAUAACAGACUCCCAGCGAACAGUUUUAAAAACAAUGGCACAUCAAAAUAUUCAAGCAAGAGUUGCUUAUAUCAGAGCCAUUUCGAAACCUCACUUAGAUCAAAUAGACUCUGAGGGCUAUCACUAUACCAGAAAUCCUUAUUACAGACAAGUAAUGAAUGAAAAAAAUGAAAUAAAUGUCAAAUACAACGAAUUAUUGGCAAAUAACAAUGCUGGACGUUCAAAUUCCGAUCAAGGAUCAAGUCACGAUGAUGAAGGUGAAGUAACUUUACAGAAAAAAUUUGGAAAAAUGAAUAAAAAAUUUGAACGUGAGUUUGAACGAAUAAAUCAACAACUUUUAGAAAAUAUGAAAAUAAAUACUCGGAUUUUAGAAGAAAAUAAGAAAAUAAAUGACAAAAAUACGCAAUCAAAUGCUCAGAUUUUAGAAAGUGUGAAAGAAAAUAAGAAAAUAAAUACCUUGAUUUUAACCAGUACACAAUUUAAUGCCCAAAAUUUAGAAAAAAAUAAGAAAACAAAUGCUCAAAUUUUAGAAAAUACUCAAAAUUUAAAAUCACUUGAUUUUGAAUGUGACCGUUUAUCCAAAGAAAACAACGUUUAUAAAAAAGAAACAGAAAAUAUUAAAAAUCAAUUAACGAAUGCUGAGCAAAAAGCUUUAAAUUUAGAAGCUGCACUCGGGGAUGCUACUAAUGUUCGAUUGAGUGAUGAAUCCCCAAAUAAUUCUCUUCAAUUAAAAAAUGAUAUCACUAAAUUUAAAAAAUUAGUAGAGAAUUUUAUUAAAGUCAAAGGAAGACACGUACAAAUCAAAGAGCAAGCAGCAAAUGAUUUAUUAUUAAAAUAUAAGUUUAGAAAAAAUAACGAUACUUUUAAGGAUGUUUUAGGAUUCAUCCUUCAAAAUAUAAUAAUUGAUAAAGUACUUUCUGCGAUGCAAAAUUUAGUAUACAAAGAUGAAAACGGAAAAUUCAAUUGUUUAGAAUCAGCAAUUAUGAGUUGUACUGAUUUUAUGAUUAAGAGUACCACUGAACUAUCUCAACUGAGGAAUGGUGAUGAUCAUGUUACCAAGAUGACUCCUAUCAAAAUUCGACAACAAAUAUAUGAAGCACUUGCAUUGCGUGGAUUCAACAACUCUAAUGAUAAAUUUAUUAAUUCAAUCAGAGAUGAUAUUGUAAAUGAAAUGAACAAAUAUCGUGAAAUUAUAGAUGAAGACAGAAAAAAGAAUAUCUAUAAGAAUGCUGAUGAACUGGUCCGUACUGGUAUUAAACUGUGGUUUCGUUUGAAAAUUCAGGAGCCUGUAGUAAAUAUUGAAUGGUAUAAACCGGGGGAUGCUGUCGAUACCAAUUUCAUGGAAGGAACAUGGGAGACUGACAAUACAAAUAAUUUUGGAGUAGAAUUGUGUUAUUUUCCUUGUAUAUUAUCAAAAGGAAAAGAAACUGAAAUUUAUUACAAAUCUCAAGUUACAAUUCGAAAAAAAUCCAAAUCGUGGUGGCAAACCUAG